AUGGGAAAUAUAUUUUGGUUUUCAUUACAUUUUACAACAGAAAGUAUAAGACGUGUUGAAGAAUUGACGGGGAAGACUGUUCCAGCAUAUAAAGUGGAUUUACUUGAUACAGAGGGUCUUAGAAAUCUUUUCAAAAAACAUAAGAUUUCGUGUGUUAUGCACUUUGCUGGCUACAAAGCUGUAGGCGAGUCAUGUGAGAAACCAUUACUAUACUAUAAGAACAAUGUUGCAGGAACUGUUAAUCUUUUAGAGGUGAUGAAAGAAUUCCAAGUGUAUAACAUGAUUUUCUCGAGUUCAACCACUGUGUAUGGUACGCCUGAAUAUCUACCUUUCGACGAGAAUCAUAAAACCGGCAAUUGCUCCAAUCCAUAUGGUAAAACGAAAUUUAUGAUUGAAGAGAUAAUGAAAGAUCUAUUCCAUGCUGAAAAGCAAUGGAAUAUUAUAUUUUUACGUUACUUCAACCCAGUUGGAGCACACGAGUCCGGAAGGAUAGGUGAAGAUCCCCUAGGUACACCUCGAAAUCUGUUGCCAUACGUUGCUCAAGUUGCCGUCGGCAAAUUAAAGGAGCUAAAGAUAUAUGGAAAUGAUUGGGAUACACCCGACGGCACAUGUUUGAGGGACUUCAUACAUGUUGUUGAUCUUGCAAAGGGCCACGUGUCAGCCCUACGGCUGGUUGAGAAAGGCUGUGGAUUGAAGAUUUAUAACUUAGGGACAGGAACACCAUAUUCCGUUCUAGAUAUUGUUAACGCAUUUGAAAAGGCUUCCGGAAAGAAAAUUCCAUACAUAUUUGCAGACAGAAGAGCAGGUGAUCUAGAAUCUACAUACUGCGAUAGAUCAUUAGCUAAAGCAGAAUUAGGUUGGACAACACAAUAUGAUCUUGACAAAAUAUGUGUUGACAUGUGGAAAUGGCAGUCCAACAAUCCUUAUGGCUACAUAAAAAAAUAAACCAGUUUAGGAUAUAUUUUUGUUCCAGUGUACUGAUUUAGGAUGUAUUUAUGCACAAGUGUUCUGAUUUAGUAUAUUUUUGUUGUGUAGUUUGUUCAUUGAUUUAUGGUAUUUUGUGUCAUUGUAUU